AGUUAAGAAAUGUUGGAUUAAUGUUUCAGUGAUGAAUAUUGAAGGAUCCAAGUAGCAACCGUGACUAGCUUUAUAUCCUCAAAAAAUUCCUAUAUUCGUAUCUCCAAUCUCAGCAACCUUUUGCUAGUAGUUGUACUACCAUCUCCAUCGGUAUCUAGGCGAUGAUGUGUACAGUAAAGUAAAAAAGAAAACAAUGGAAGAACAACUACAAACAUCUUCCACGGCCGAGUUUGAAGCACUCUCGGAUCAACUGGCCGAGCUUGAGGAACAUCAGCUCACGAUUGCCGAAUCAGACCGUGCCUUAGCCGCACUGGAAGCCAAAAUUGCAGUUCGCAGACUAAAAAGUGGUCGAGCACCCGUCUCACCACUUCCAUUCUCCCACUUUAAGGCCUUCUGUCUCGAUUGGGUACGGAAGUGUGAAACGGCGACGGAAAAGAUUCGCUUCGAAACGCGUGCCAUCGAACGGCAGAAUAUCGACCAGUGUGCACUGAUCGAGCAGAAGCGUCAAAGCAUCGGUAACGAUGCGCUCCGUGUACAGCUCGAGAGCUUCGCAAUCGAACGGCUUGUAGAUGAGCGUGAUUUGCGAACCGCACAGCACACCGACUACGAACUGCGGCGGCUCGGUGCGGAAGUAAAGCGUGAGAUGUUAAUGGAGAAGUUGGCACUGUUCGAAACUAUCCAGCACCAUGGCCAGCUGAGCGAAACUGUGAACCAGUGGCGUAAAAAGCUCGAAGAUGUAAAAGCCCAAAUCGAACGUACCGAUCGUGAGGUAGAAUUAUUGGAGCGUCAGAACGAAUCGUUACGUGCCAAGUUGCUACAAAAUCCACUGCCAAACGUACGGCAGAUGGCUAACCGUGCGGAGGAAUUGAACCGCCUCCAGACCCAACUCUUUCGCCGAGUAAAGCGUGGAGUACUGGAUGGCACUAUAAGAGUUCCCGUAGGCAAGGGCAGAACGGCAAGAACCGAAACCGAGAACAGUACGUAGCGACGCACCACCCAAUUGCAAGAUAAUUCGGUUAAACUCAAUUGACCUAAAUUAAUCGCACGCUGGUGUCGCGCACGAGGGUGAACGUGCUGGACCAAAUUCAAUAAAGUAAAAGCCCAUUCAUCAACCCGCACACGCUUUGGUGCAGUGAAA